AUGGCGGCCAUUGAAGCGUCUGCGGUCCGUGCUGCUGCAUUGUCAACGUGUCAGUCUGGUCUGUCCGCGUCCAGCUCACGGCGAACCGUGGGAUGGCAACCCGUGAGCCACUCCGCUAGUUUUAGCAAGCUCGCGAAGAGCGUUCGCGGGACGGCGAAGGUCAGGGCUGUAGCGGAGAUCAAGUCAGCGGCUGCUGACUCACCAAAGAUGAAGGAUCUUGCGCGCCCUGACUCGUUCGGCCGCUAUGGCCAGUUCGGCGGCAAGUACGUUCCAGAGACCCUCAUGGCCGCUUUGGAUAAUCUCGAGAAGGUUUACAACGAGACAGUCCAGGAUCCCGCAUUUCAGGCGGAGUUCCAGUCGAUCCUCAAGGACUACGUGGGUCGCGAGUCGCCGCUUUACUUCGCGGAGCGCCUCACGGAGCACUACUCGCGCCCCGACCCCGCGGACCCCUCGCGCCGCGUCGGCCCGCACGUGUACCUGAAGCGGGAGGAUCUGAACCACACGGGCGCGCACAAGAUCAACAACGCCAUUGGCCAAGUGCUCCUGGCGAAGCGCAUCGGCAAGAAGCGCAUCAUCGCGGAGACGGGUGCGGGGCAGCACGGCGUGGCGACGGCGACGGUGUGCGCGCGCUUCGGGCUGAACUGUAUCGUGUACAUGGGCGCGGAGGACAUGAGGCGGCAGGCGCUCAACGUGUUCCGCAUGCGCCUGCUGGGCGCAGAGGUGCGCGCCGUGCACAGUGGCACGCGCACGCUCAAGGACGCCACGUCAGAGGCGAUCCGCGACUGGGUGACCAACGUGGACACCACCCACUACAUCCUCGGCUCUGCUGCCGGCCCCCACCCCUACCCCAUGAUCGUCCGCGACUUCCAGGCCAUCAUCGGUCGCGAGGCCAAGAAGCAGUCAUUUGAGAAAUUCGGCCGCCUGCCCGAUGUGCUGGUGGCGUGCGUAGGAGGAGGGUCGAACGCCAUGGGGCUGUUCCACGAGUUCGUGGAGGACGAGGGCGUGCGCAUGGUGGGCGUGGAGGCGGCGGGGCACGGUGUGCACACAGACAAGCAUGCGGCGACUCUGACGGCCGGGGAGGUGGGCGUGCUGCACGGCGCCAUGAGCUACCUGCUGCAGGACAGCGAUGGGCAGAUCAUUGAACCCCACAGCAUCAGCGCCGGCCUUGACUACCCCGGGGUGGGCCCGGAGCACAGCUUCCUCAAGGACAUUGGGCGGGCGGAGUACUUCAGUGUGACUGACGACGAGGCCCUGCAAGUGUACUUCAGUGUGACUGAUGACGAGGCCCUGCAAGGUAAGAGGGGAGCGUGGGGAGAUGCAUCGUGGGGAGCUCUCUUAGGCGGGCAGAGUGUGAAUGACGACGAGGCGCUGGCAAGGCUGGCCGAUGUUUUGAGACCGUCUCAAAACACUUCUUUUAUUCCGUCCCUUUCCCUUGGUGGUUCUUGUGCAGCAUUCAAGCGUGUGUCGCGGUUGGAAGGCAUCAUCCCGGCUCUGGAGACGUCCCAUGCGUUGGCAUACCUGGAGUACCUCUGCCCUCAGCUGGCCGAUGGCACCAAGGACAACGGCAUCAAGCGGCUGAAGCUGUUCGGAGCUGACGUGGACAUCCUGCGCGCGCUCGUGGGCACGGACAUCGAGGUGGCGGUGAUGCUGCAGAACGAGUACCUCAACCUCGUCGCCGGCUCGCAGAAGGAGGCGGCCAAGUGGCUCAGCAACAACGUCUCUCCCUUCGUCUUUCCCAAGGGGGCCAACAUCAGGGAGAUAGCAGUGGGGAACGAGCCGUUCCUUCAGGGCUAUCAGGGCAUGUACGAGUCAGCAGUGGUGCCGGCGAUGCGAAACAUGUACAGUGCGCUACAGGACGCCAAACUAGACGACAAAAUCAAGCUGACCGUGCCUCUUAACGCGGAUAUUCUCGGGAGCUCCUACCCGCCGUCCUCGGGCGAGGUUCGAGGGGAUAUUUUGGAGGAUAUCACCGCGAUUGCAGAUAUUUUGAAGCAGUCAGGUGGAACGUUCUCGAUAAAUAUCUACCCGUUCCUGACGCUGCAUCAGGACACGACGGGGGCGAUCGGGCUGAACCAGGUUUUUUUGGGGCAGCCUGGCGGGCAGGCGUGGCAAUUCAAGGACCCGAAGAGCGGGCUGAAAUACGACAACAUUUUCGACGGGGCGUUUGAUGCUGUGGUGGCUGCUCUGGAGAAGAUCGGUUAUGGCGAUCUGCCGAUCGAGAUUGGCGAGAUCGGGUGGCCAUCCGACGGCCAGGGUGACAUGAGGGGCUACGCCACAGUGGACAACGCAUAUCGCUUCAACCAGGCAAUCCUAGCCCACAUGUUGUCAGGAACAGGCACACCCGCCCGCCCGAAUCAAAUCCUGAGUGGAUACCUUUUCGCGCUUUCAGACGAAGACCGGAAGAUUACUCUAGCCGGCCCGUUCGAGAGGCAUUGGGGAAUUUUCCGCGCGGACGGGACCCCGAAAUACCCGUUGGAUUUGACGGGCGGCGGGAAGAAUGUCACUCUGAAAAACGCAACAGGAAUUGUGCUGUACCCCGGGCGGUGGUGUGUGGCCAAGGAGGAUGCGGACCCGCAGAAAUUGGCCGAAGCAGUGACGUACGCGUGUGGGGAUACGAAGCCUUCGGAUUGCACACCUGCACAGUCAUUAUUCAAGCUGGGGAAGAAGCUUGGCCAGGGCCAGUUCGGCGUAACGUUUCUCUGCACGGAGAAAGCCACGGGGAAGGAGUACGCGUGCAAGACCAUCGCAAAGAAGAAGCUUAUAUCGAGGGAGGACGUGGAGGACGUGAAACGCGAGGUGGCGAUCAUGCAUCACCUGUCGGGCCAUAACAACAUUGUGUGCAUCAAGGGAGCUUACGAGGAUCACGCGAAUGUACACAUUGUCAUGGAGCUCUGCACGGGAGGCGAGCUGUUCGAGCGCAUUAUUAAAAAGGGCCACUACAGUGAGCGGCAGGCGGCGGAGCUAACGCGGACGAUCGCGAAGGUGAUAGAGGCGUGCCACUCGCUGGGCGUGAUCCACCGCGACCUCAAGCCGGAGAACUUCCUCUUUGCCAACAAGUCCGAGACCGCCGACCUCAAGGCGACCGACUUCGGCCUCUCCUACUUUUUCAAGCCAGGCGAGUACCUGUCGGACGUGGUGGGCAGCCCGUACUACGUGGCGCCGGAGGUGCUGCGGCGGAGGUACAACGAGAAGGCGGACGUGUGGAGCAUGGGCGUUAUCAUCUACAUCCUGCUCUCCGGCGUGCCACCCUUCUGGGCAGAGACGGAGCAGGGCAUAUUCGAGGCGGUGCUGCGGGGCGAGCUGGACUUUGAGUCGGACCCGUGGCCGUCUAUCAGUGAGGACUCCAAGGACCUCAUCCGCCACAUGUGCUGCCUCGACCCCAAGAAGCGCUACUCCGCUUAUGACGUGCUCUGCCAUCCGUGGGUGGCCAAGGAUGGCGUCGCACCCGACAAGCCUCUGGGCUCAGCCGUGCUGUCCCGCCUGAAGCAGUUCACGGCGAUGAACAAGCUCAAGAAGAUGGCGCUGCGCGUGAUCGCAGAGAGCAUGUCGGAGGAGGAGAUCUCGGGGCUGAAGGAGACGUUCAAGAUGAUGGACACCGAUGGCAGCGGCACCAUCACGUAUGAGGAGCUGCGUGCCGGGCUCAAGAGGAUCGGGUCUACGCUCAAUGACAUGGAGAUUAAGGAGCUCAUGGAUGCGGCUGACAUUGACGGCAAUGGCACCAUUGACUACGGCGAGUUCCUGGCGGCCACGGUGCAGCUGAACAAGAUAGAGCGCGAGGAGACGCUGUUUGCUGCCUUCUCCUACUUUGACAAGGACUCUUCGGGCUUCAUUUCCACUGAUGAGCUGCAGGACGCGUGCCGUGAGUACGGCGUCGACGAGGAGUGCAUCGUUGAGACCAUGCGCGAUGUUGACACUAACAAUGAUGGCAUCAUUGACUAUAACGAGUUUGUUGCCAUGAUGAGGCAAGGGAACGGAGGGAUUGGCAGGAAGAGUUUGGGCGGCAGCUGGACCAGUGGCAAUCUCUUCCGGGACCUCGUGUCGGCCGGCCAAAAGGCCGGCCCCAACUCACCCUUGGCUUCAGUACAACCCUGA